AUGGUGGCACUGGAGCUGCGCGUCUCCGGGCUCACUGGUCCCCUGUGUGACCUCACGCUAUGUGCACCCUGCACUGUGCAGGAUGUGAAGGAUGCCUUGCAGGAAAAGUUGGGCGUCCCAGUGCAGGAGCAGCGGCUUCUGUUGGGCAGCGAGGAGCCCGAUGCAAGCUUCCUUCUCUCUGCCGGUGGCCUGGAUGUUUCGUUGCUUCGCUGCCCGAAGCUGUCUUCCGAGAGCUGGGGGCAGUGGGCCGAAACUCUCCAAGAGGACGGAAUGGAGCUUGAUUUUGCUCCAGAGGAGGUCCAGGCAGAUCGUGAGCUGGUCACCCUGGCCGUCCAGCGUUGUGGCCAUGCUCUGGCGCUGGCUGCAGAGGAGAUUCGUGGCGACCGCGAUGUAGCCAUGGCUGCAGUAUCACAAGCUGGACUCGCUCUUUCCUUUGUAUCCACAGCUUUGAAGGCUGACAAGGAUCUGGUGCUGCGUGCAGUUCGGCAGAACGGCUUGGCCUUGCGCCACGCAUCAGCAGCCUUGCAGAAGGAUCCUGAUGUGGCCUUGGCGGCAGUGGAGCAGAAUGGCUAUGUUAUCGCAGAACCCGGUUUCGAUUCUGCCCUGCGCAAUGAUCCUCAAGUGGCUCAUGCUGCUGUCUCCUAUGAUGGCUGCACACUCAAGCACGUGGGAUCAGACUUGCGCAAAGAUCGUCAGCUGGUCCUCACAGCCGUGAAGUCCAACGGCAAUGCCAUACAAUGGGCAGAUGCCCGUUUCAGGUCCGAUCGGGAGGUGAUGAUGGCUGCAGUGCGAUAUCAUGGAACCUUGUUGCGGUGCGCUUCGGAGGAGCUCCGCAAUGAUCGGCAAGUCGUCUACCAGGCAAUCCUGGGACAUGGAUACGCCUUGUCGUCCGCCUCCGAGUCGCUUCGAUCAGACCCGGAGCUAAUCUCGCUGGCCUCGCGCCCGCACUCCCACAUACCGAUCCGACUGGAAGCGGGGAAAAUUGUGUACAUUGAGGAUGGCGACGAACGCAGCUGA